AUGAGGUUGCGAAGGAGCGACAUGAGCAAUAUUGAACGAGCUCGUUCGAGAACGUUGAGAAUGACUAUUACCAUAGUUGCAGCCUUCAUUUGGUGUUGGACGCCAUACGUCGUCAUGACUCUCUGGUACAUGUUCGACAGAGAAACGGCGACAAAAGUGGACUCAAGGAUACAAGAUGCUCUUUUUCUUAUGGCAGUCUCCAACUCCUGCAUGAACCCUCUCGUUUAUGGAUCUUAUGCCAUGAACUUCAGGAGGGAGUGCCAGACAUGUUUCUGCUACCUAUUUAACUCGAACCAACAUCUGCAGAGGAGAUCUACAGCAGGGUUCCACUCCAGUUCACAAGGCCAGGUCAACUCAGCAAUAACUGCAAAAGAACAUUCCAGAGUUCAUCUUUGCCUCGGAUUGGCUCUCACGAAGCCCUGA